AUGUUUCUUCCCAAAACCCCCCAGUCCUCCUCCCUCGAUGUAUUCCCCCUCGAAAUCCUCCUACAAAUCCUCCAAAAUCUCACUAUCCCUUCUUUACACGCCAUUCUCCGCCUCUACCGCCGCAGUCGCAUAACUUUUUCGACCUACCACACUCAAAUAAUCAACCACAUUCUCCUCUCCACGCUUCCUGAUCCAAAAUUCCCUACUUACUUCCCUCACACCUAUAAGGGCGUUAUUUACCCGCGCCCGCCUAGUAAACCAUUACAAACCUCCCAUGUAGAAGCAUAUACCCAGUUACGGUAUGCACAAUCCCUGGUUUCACUAUCAGACGCCAUUUCUAGUUUAACCACAUACAUCUACUCUAUAACUUCCCCUCAAAUUCUUGAGAAAAUAACACCAAGAGGUACAAUCCUCUUAAACCGAUACGCACAAUUUCCUUACGAAGAAGCCUUAACCUCUACAAUCUAUCGUAUCGUAAUUUCAAAUUCCCAAACCUUCUUCUACACGUCCCAGCUUGAACUCGCUCAGACAUUUUCAAACUCUUCACCAUUUAUCCCACCCCCUCGUCCACCGCCUCCAAAGUAUCCAGAAAGCGUGGCAAGACGGAUCUUACCCCCGGAACUCCUACCCAAGGAGACACCAUCUGACGAAAUCACCUCACAGCUUUCGAAUCUACAUGGCCCCGAGACGUCAUUUUUAAAAAGACAAACAUAUCGAUACCUUCGUCGGUUAGUACUUGGAGCCUUGACGGCCUAUUUAAAACAACAUGAGUUUUUCAACGGUGUUUGUAUCAUCCCUUCGUGGGAAUAUAUGCACGAUUCGGCCUCCAUCCGCGACGGACUAUUCCUCUACCUCGGCAUUCAUCCAAAACUACUAUUUAAAGUCCUAGUACAAUGUAACCUCGAAGAUAAGGACAAAGCUAUCAGGGGAGUAGGCGGUGAUCGCCUAAGUAGCAAGGAGAAGAGAGAGCAAAAGGCGCGUCCUGCGGUUGCGGUAGAAUUAGGAAAGGCCUAUGCAAUUGUUUGCAAGGUCACGCAUGAACAUUUGGAAGAAAUGAAGAGAUAUGCAAAAAGGAAACCUGUUUUAACCGAUUUUGAAGAGGUUUUUAAUGUUAACCACCGUGGGGAAAGUCGCACCUAG